CUGAACGAUCGACGAUUUCAGGUGGCCAAGCAUGGAGCAGAAGUCAUUACCCAGGCUCGAAUCGCCGGUGAAACUGUACGACAGUGCUCAUGUGCAGAGCAACGUGAAUGUAUCGAAGAGAUGAAAGCGCAGGCAAAAGAAUGCAGUGGACCGUGCUUCUCCGAAUUUGGCGCUAUCACAGAUCGACCACAUGAUUUACGCAAAUGUUUCGAUGAUAAGGACGAACUUCUGCAAGGAUUCCUGAUGUGUUUGGAACAGAAAGUGGAUGGCUGUGUACCAGAUCGUAAUGGCCCACAAAUUCAGAAAACUAGCAUCAACUCCUUAUUAACAAUCAGUGAACACAAAAUCGUGAACCAGUCCGCUACGGUGCAGUCUAUAAUCGCUCCUAUCAAGCACAUUGUGAACGCAGCUGGAGAAUUCGCAAAGUGCAUCAAAGACUGCUUCUUGGCGAAAAACUCGAACGGAUACUGUUUUGAUAGAAAGGAUUGCCAACCACUAGUGGCUGAGAACAAAGCGAAAGCAUCGUUCCGUACAUGCACAAGAAGAAUGAACUGGAAACGUGAAGCUGGAGAGUUCUGCGAUUGCUCUGUGAAUGCUGGCGUGGAGUAA